AUGGAGGCGCUGUGCAGGCUUAGUGGACUGGAUCCAUUCUGGGACUGGAACCUGACGUGGUACACCGAACGGCCUGACCUCACCCAGUGUUUUCAGCACACGGUCCUGGUCUGGUCCCCCUGCAUUUACCUAUGGACCUGUUCCCCGCUUUACCUGCUCUACCUGCAGCUGCGAUCGCCCGGGCCCCGGCUGGCCUUGUCCUCACUCUGCUGUGUGAAGACGGCUAUAGCUGUCAUCCUACUGUGCUGCCGCCUUGUGGAGCUCCUCUACAUUUACGCUCUGAAUGAAGACAUCCACCACAACGUGGUGUUUCUGCUGGGCCCACUGUUCCGCAUCAUCUCCCUGGUGCUGGCCGUCUGUGUGAUCCAGGUGGAGCGUCUCAAAGGGGUCUUCUCCUCCAUCCUGCUCUUCUUCUUCUGGCUGCUGUCGGUUCUCUGCUCUCUACUUCCUCUGAAGGUGGCGGUGGAGCAGAUCAUGGACCAGAGCUUCUCCUCAGACCCAGUGCGCUUCACUGUGCUCCUCCUGGUGGUGCUGCUACAGUUUCUGCAGAUCAUCCUCGCGUGUUUCUCAGAUUACCAGCCGGACAGCCAAUCCCGACCAACCCCGGGGUGUCGCAGCCCGCUCCAGGCCUGGGACCUGUGGGCUUUGAGGCCUCAGGACUGCUCCACACACAUCAUGGAGGAGGUGGAGAAGACCUGGGCCGAGAGACACAAGGAGACCAGUAUGUCCAUGGAGUGGUCAGCCGCCUUCUCUGAGAAGUCUCGCCUGCUGCAGAGGGAGCAGAGCAGAGCUGACCUGAGGCUGCUGCUGCUCCGUAUGACAGCUCGGAGCUUCGGUCUGUACUUCCUGUGUGGCAGUGUGUGUCUGCUGCUGCACGACGUCGCCAUGUUCACCGUGCCACAGGUGCUCAGUCUGCUCUUGGACUUCAUGCGGGACUCCUCCUCUCCUCUCUGGAAAGGCCUCCUGUUCGCAGCUCUCCUCUUCCUGCUCUCUUGUCUCCAGUCCCUGCUCUUCCACCAGUACAUGUACCACUGCUUCACUGUGGGCAUGAGGCUGAAGACAGCGCUCACUGGCCUCAUCUACAGGAAGUGCCUGGUGAUGAGCAGCGGGGGGCGGAGGCAGUGUGCGGCCGGAGAGGUCAUCUCCCUGGUGUCUGCAGACGUUCAGAAGCUCAUGGACCUGGUGGUUUACAUCAACAGCAUCUGGACCGCUCCCUUCGAGAUCGCACUGUGCUUCUACUUCCUCUGGCUGUUGCUGGGUCCCUCAGCUCUGGCUGGGCUGGCUGCAGUCCUCCUCCUCUUUCCACUGAACGGCUACAUCACAACCGUGCGCGCAAAACUACAGGAGGUGCAGCUGGGAUACUUGGACGGCCGCAUUAAGCUGAUGACGGAGAUGUUGUCUGGGAUGAAGAUCCUGAAGUUCUACGCCUGGGAGCAGGUGUUCCAGCGGCGGGUCGGAGCGCUGAGGGACGGGGAACUGGCCGCGCUCAAGAAAUCGCAGAUCCUCUACUGCGUGUCCCUGGCCUCCUUCGCUUCCUCCUCCUUCCUGGUCAUGUUGACGGUCUUCGGAGUCUACGUUCUGGUGGACGAGCACAACGUUCUGGACGCUCAGAAGAUCUUUGUGUCUGCAGCUCUCAUCAACAUCCUGAAGACUCCUCUGAGCCAGCUCCCGUUCGCCAUCAGCACCGCGGCUCAGGCUGUGGUUUCUCUCAGACGUCUCACCAGCUUCCUGCAACAGGACGAGGUGAAAGGGGACAGUGUGUGCAGGCUGCCCCACAGCACAGAUGCCCCGGCCAUAGAGGUGCAUGCUGGGUACUUCUCCUGGUCCACAGACGCGGCCCCUGUCCUCAGCAGCAUAAACGUGAUGGUGGAGCGGGGGAGCCUGGUGGCCGUGGUGGGCCCGGUGGGCUCGGGGAAGUCCUCUUUACUCGCAGCCAUCCUGGGGGAGAUGGAGAGGAGCAGCGGCUCAGCCAAAACCAGGGUGAGUGCGUUUGGACAGACGGGUGCGGACAUUUGGACCCGCCCCAUCAGCUGUUUUAGAAUGUGA